AGUCAGUUCGAAUCGCAAUUGUGGCAUCGAAUGAACGUAUCGUCGAGAAGAAAGAAGGUAAGCACCGCCGGAAAGCUACCGGAGUAGAAGACUGCGGUCACAUGCCAUGCACGUGGAUGCGGAAAAAUUGGGCCGACCAUACGUUCAAAAAUGCACCGCCAUCGGUACCCACGAAAUCGACGCGAAAGAAGUGUCAGGGAAUUUGCGAGUUGUCGCAAUGUUAACACGAUCCCGGCUUCGCACCGUUUCUGAUUGCCUUCCAGAUGUUUGGAGCAGAUGACUUUUGGGUCGUGGAAUACUGGUUCCGCAUCUGACCAUAUGGCGACUCCCGGACCGAUUGAUCCACCAGCCUACCCUGUUUCCCAUCCGAAUCGCAAACAAUCAUCUUGAUUGCUCACGCGAUGGACCCAGCGAUAGUCUCUGCCUUUCAAAGCGCCCCACGAGCGUAUUUAGGAGACAUGAUCACACUUCCGAGGGAUUACAGGAUGCCUGAUUUAUCUUUGGUUCGGAGCCAAGCUGCUGAAGUUAUCCAACUCGCACGGGCUCCGACACCGCGUCAAGGCGAGACUAUAGACUCUCUCCCACCGGGAUUGUGGUACAGAUACAAGCUUCCUCGGCUUUUUGAGUUCAGCUAUUUCUGCUCUGUCGAUGAUAUCCCAGAAGACAUUUUACCGCAGUGUAUCUGGUCUCUCGAAUGGUGGAUUCGUGCCCUUCUAGAAGGGUCAGAUGAGCAACUGAAGCCAUUCACCAAAUGCGUGGAGCGUAGCCACCCGCAAAUUAACCUACCACUGGAAGCUCUGUACCAUGUUCGAUGUUCUAUGGAGACAGUCAAGGAGCACGGCGGAGAGUCCGAUAUCUUCCAUACAAGCCCAGGGCUAUACAUUUCGCACGCUAUAUGCCUCGCACGCGCCAGGAUAGACGACGUUGAAGCAAAGACAGCUUUGUCGCGUAUUAUCCAGGAUAUAACAUUCGACGCUGGCUCCGGAACUAUUGCGCAUCACGUCCAUGCAAAGGUGUAUCUUGCCCGCGUACUUCGGAGACUUGGGGAAGACGACGAAGCACAGGAACUGGAAGCAUGGCUAGUUAGAUGGUUCAAGAAGUAUCCACAUAAAUUUAAAAACGACAUUCUGGUGGGAAUGUUCACUACCGACAUUGAUCCAGCCGUGGAUCCGGUUUUCACGGGCCUUGGUGGAUUUAAGUGGCUGGAUCAUAGGAAGGCGACUUUGAAAACGGUAAUGCGUCAUGCGAGGUACUGCCAAAACUGCGGUGCUCGUGAACCGCAAGUGAAAUUGUUGAAAUGCCUGCAAUGCCAGCAUACGCUGUACUGUUCCAAAGAGUGCCAGAAAAUGAACUGGCGCUACCACAAGAAAUACUGCAAAGAUGCUACUGAACAGUCCAAGAGAAUAGCAGAAUUCGAGAAGAUUGGUGCAUCCGCGGCACAACAAUACCGAGACUGGAUGGAUACCCGAGAUAAUAUUAUGCCUGGGAUGAUAGAGUGCUUCGCACACGCUCUAGGACUGGCACAUGAUGAAUCACGAGGCCGGACACACAUCGUACUUCAGGAAGUCGAAUACGUCCCGUCCAUGAAAAGUCGUCUCGACAGAUUCAGAACCACCAGAGUCGGAGUUUUCAAACAAGAAGAUGCUUGGAAAGACGUUGGGUCCAUAUUACGCCUAGAUCCAGGCGAGGCGAAGAUGCACAUCCGCGAUAUGCUCGAGGCGUUUGAUCAGAGACCUAUGCAAGAGCAGGUCGGCAGCCAAACGCUCAUUCCUAUCUUUAAUUUGGUGUUCUCGGCCAAGCGCAGCGAUGGCCAGGCAUAUCUCAGAAUGGGUAUGAUUUCGCGAAAGGAGCUAGUAUUGAUGCAACGCAGAACGGACUGGAGACGGGAUAUCAACGUAGAAGGGGAACCUCCCACUCAGUUCAAGUUACGUGGCGGCAAGAAUCCGGAUGCAGAAUUCAUCUUUUGA